GUUUUGUUUAGCAGUGAAAUGACUAUUUUAUUUAUCAGGCAAUCGAUUGUGUAUUACUUGUAUUACUAUUACUGUUAGACUUAGUGUUAGUGUUGUUGCCGUUAAAUGCAGUCAUCAUUAAAUGCAUUGAAGUGUGCAGUGAUUCACUGCCAGUGAACUCAACUCCGAUCACAAGACAAACCACUCUUUUCUCCAUCAAAUCAUUGUCUCAUUACUGGAAGUGAUGUCUGGUUUGACGUAUGCGCCCAAAUGAUGUCCAGACGUGUUGUCGGAGUGAUUGUCAGGAGUGGUCGCAAACAGACCAACAAUUUUCUUAUGUAUGGCAUGAGUGAGCCCACCGUUUAUCAUGCGUUAGUCGUUAUAUUCCUCGAGUUCUUCGCGUGGGGUCUUCUCACCACUCCUAUGAUUACGGUGUUGAAUGAGACGUUUCCGGACCAUACAUUUCUUAUGAAUGGAUUAAUUGUUGGCAUCAAAGGCUUCUUAUCCUUCCUGAGCGCACCCCUCAUCGGCGCUCUGUCUGACCUCUGGGGCCGAAAGUUUUUUCUAUUAUUAACGGUAUUCUUCACGUGUUGUCCCAUUCCUCUGAUGCGAUUG